AUGACCACAAAUAACACCAAUAACACCACAUCUGUACCUACAUCUGCUGCUUCUUCACCUACUCGAAAACCAACCUCUAGAAAGAAGAAAGCUGCUCGAGCCUGUAUCCAUUGUCAAAAGGCACAUUUGACUUGCGAUGAUGCACGACCUUGUCAACGCUGUACGAAACGUGGAUUGGCUAGUACCUGUACCGAUGGUGCAAGGAAAAAGGCAAAGUAUUUACAGGAUACAGAAGAGUCUACAGGAACGCCUACUACACCCACUUCGUUAUCAAAUUUAUGGCAGGCAAGUGCUACAGCAGCUGGUCUCUCUUCAUCUAUAAUUCAACCUGACAAUCAGCAAAACAUGAAAUCAUUACCUUUCAAUAAUACAACUAAUCAUGGUAUGGAGACUCGUCCUUCGAUUCAACACCCAUCAACAUCAGCAUCAUCACCAUCAGCAUCUGGCUUAGAUACAGUAUUAUACUCACCUGAUCAAAAUACAAUUGGAUCACCUUACAAUCCUUCCACUCCAACAUCACAAACUAGUAACAAUGUACGGAUAUCUUCUCUUUCUGCUUAUGGAGAAGGUGCAGUCGUCGCCAAGGUAGAUAGUCCCAACACUGCACUUGCACAGGUCAAACGUCGAAAUCAAUUGGUAACACCGGAAAUGGUCUAUGCAAGAGCGACAAAACCUUUUAGUUACGCGGAUGGUUAUCAUUAUUUGAUCAACUACGUACGACAAAAGAUGAGUCGUAAGGAUUUGAUGCGAAUCAGUCGGGCGCUGGCGCUAUUUCGACCUUCUGUUCUGGCCUCUAUGAUGAAUUUGACGGAAGAUGAUCUUGUAUUUACGGAAAAAUGUUUACAAAGGACAUUGUUGGAAUAUGAAAAACUGAUCAGUUAUUCUGGCACCCCUACUGUGGUAUGGCGACGUACAGGUGAAAUCACUCUUGUUGGCAAAGAAUUUUCAUUACUGACUCAAUGGUCCCGUGAUGCUCUUCUUGGAAAGAAAACUUAUAUAUAUGAGCUUAUGAGCAAUCCUUCAGCAAUAGAAUAUUGGGAAAAGUACAGCUCACAUGCAUUCGACAAUACUGACUCAGCCGUUUAUAGCUCUUGUAUAUUACUCAGUCCGACCAAGCGGGUGGUGCCUUGUACAUUUUGUUUCACCAUCAAACGUGAUAUCUUUGAUUUACCAAGUGUCAUUGUAGGCAAUGUAAGUGAUCAUUCUUAA